AUGGCCUCCCAAUCACACCCUGACUUUGACGAACUUCCCCUGGACAAGAAGGGCCCCCGAGGCAAUGCAUGGGGCCGUUGGGGUCCUGAUGACCAACUUGGAACUUUGAACCAUUUAAAUGACCAAGUCGCGCCAUUGAAGCACGCACAUGAUGAUGAGUGGAGUUUCAACUCGCAAUGUAGCUCUCAAUGGGAUGGCUUCAGACACUAUGCUUAUCAGAAUGAAGCACUAUACUACAUGGGUAGAACAGCAGGAGAAUUCGCCGCCUCAGAUCAUCCAAACAGCAUUCACCAUGUUUCAGCCAAGGGAAUAGCUGGACGCGCUGUAUUUAUUGACUGGUACUCCUGGGCUCUCGAGCAAGGGUACCAAAUCGAUGCCAUGUCAUUCUACGAGAUCCCCUUUGAACAGAUCAUCGACACCCUCAAGUAUCAAAACAUGAGUCUCGACUCAUUGCGAGCAGGUGACAUUCUAGUCAUACGCUUUGGAUAUCUGGCUCAGUACGGAAGCAUGGACGAUGCCAAGCGUGAGUAUCUCAACGAGCUGUACAAAACGAAAAAGCCCGACAACAUUGGUCUGAAGCCAUCUAAAGAACUUCUCAAGUUUCUCUGGAACACCAAGAUCGCUGCCAUAUGUGGUGAUGCACGGUCCCUGGAGGUUUGGCCAUGCAAAGACCUUGAAUGGCAUAUGCAUGAGUGGCUUCUGGCGGGUUGGGGUAUGCCAAUUGGUGAGCUCUUUUACCUUGAGGAGCUUUCAAAGAAGUGCAAAGAGCUGGGCAGGUAUACAUUCUUUCUUUCAAGUUCACCUAUGAACGUGCCGGGAGCGGUUGCAAGCCCACCAAACGCCCUUGCUUUCUUUUGA